AAUCUACACCGUCAGUACCCGCCCCCGAUUUUAAAAAAAAAAAGGUUUUUGUAUCUCGCUUGGUUCCCACAAUACGACCACCUCGCCUCACCGGAACACAAGAAAAUAGAAGAUGUCAGCAUCCAUGGCAAUUCGACCCAAAAUCAAUCCCUCUCUAAAACCCACAAAUUUCACUUCACAAAACCUCCUUAAAACCCCAGUGUUGUCUGUGAAACCCAAAUCUUCCUUGUUGAACUUAAGUUCGGCUUCUAGUCUGAGAGUCGUUCAGAGCACUGCAAAACUCAAACUUUCAGCUUCAGCAGCUGAACCAGUUCUCUCUGAAGAAGAAACACCCAGAGAUAAAGAGAGGCUUGGAGUGGUGGUGAAGCCAAUGGAGAAACCGAGGAUAGUAUUGAAGUUAAUUUGGAUGCAGAAGGCAAUUGGUGUUGCUCUAGACCAAGUGAUACCAGGCUUUGGCACAAUCCCUUUGAGUCCUUACUACUUCUGGCCCAAAGAAGAUGCCUGGGAGCAGCUUAAAAUGUUGCUUGAAAGCAAGCCCUGGAUAUCCCGGAAGCAAAUGCAUAUCCUUCUCAAUCAGGCUACUGAUGUCAUCAACUUGUGGCAGGAAAGUAGAAGCAAUUCAUAGCAAGUUACAGAUACAGAAAAAAAAUUUUUGCAAGUUAGAAGCAGUGUGGACAGGUUCAUCUAUAUUGCAAAGGUUAGGAUUACAAUUACCUUGUAAACUCUUCAGUUGAGUUGUUUCAAGUUUCAACUGCUUUCAUUCUUUCUUGUUGAAAUUAUAUGAAAUAUCUUGUUUAUUUAUAAAUUGAAUAGCUGUGCAUUGCUUACUGUGU